GCCGUAGCAGCUGAGAGGCCACGCUGUAGUGCCCAUGCUGCAGGAAGUAGCGCUAAACUCAGCGUUGGUACCUGCAUUUCUAGCUGCUGGGAGCAUCGUGUUAUUUGUGGCUAGGAGAGUGUCUUGCUAUGGGAGGGCAAGCUAAGGGCAAGAAACACGGCAAGGCCAGGAAGAGGCGGCCAGGGAGAGCUGGAGGGAACGAUUUCUCUGAUCUGCCAGCGCAAGACAAAAUGAAAAUGAAAAUGCAAAACAGAGCUAAGAAAAAGACAGCUGAAAAAUAUACAGUGCACCAACUACUGGAAAAGACUGAGGAGUACCUGGAUAAUUUUAAUUAUGAAAUGGCACAGCUUUUCUGCCAGAGAGCCCUGGACAUGGACCCCACCAACCUAGAUAUAUUGGAUAUGAUGGGUAACAUCUGUAUGGAGCUGGGGCAUGCAGAGAAGGCAAAACAAGUAUUUCUAAAAGCUGUAGAACUCUGUCCUGACAAAGGGCAUGCCAAAUAUAUGUGUCUUGGACAGAUCCAUUGCAAGGAGGAAGCACUUCACUAUUUUAAUAAAGGAAUAGAAAUUAUGCUCAGUGCGUAUCAGAGCCAACCAGCCUUGGCCAAGGCAGCCGGCUUCCCUGAUGAAAUAGAAGUAACUACAAAGGAUAUCGCAGCUGCUUUCUGCUCUGUUGCUGAGAUUUACUUUACUGAUCUCUGCAUGGAAGAAGAAGCAGGUGAGAAAUGUAAGGAAAUUCUUCAGAAGGCGUUAGAAUAUGACCCAAACAGUUCUGAAGCCCUUCAGUUAAUGGCUAGUUAUCUCUUCAGCAUGGAUCAACCACAGGAGGGAAAGGAAUAUCUGAUGAAGAGCUUGGCAUCGUGGUUACCAAGUAUGCAGAAAAAAGAGGCAGAAAUGCAAGGAGAUGGUACAGAGGAGCCAACAGAGCUUGCGUCCGAAGUCCUUGAAGCCCUUCUAGAAGAGGACGAUGAAGUUGUCCAGGUAUGGUAUCUGUUGGGAUGGGUAUGCUAUCUCCAAGCCAAGGCACCUGAUGAGGAUGAAGCGUUCAAGGACUCUGCCAGGACGUAUCUAAGAAAAGCCAAAAAGCUCUACCACAAGCUGAAGUCUGACGAUUCCCAACUCGGGGAACACGUGGAACAACUGCUAAGCGAGCUGGGAGGGGAGGAAGCUUUGGGAGACUCCGAUGCUGAAGACGGAGCCCUCGACGAUGUGGAAGAUGAUUUUUUGGAAAGCAGCGAGGAUGAAGCUAUGGAGAGCUGAUUAUUCUAAUGCCUAUAAAGCAACACAAUUUGUAAUAUUAUGAUAAAGGCAAACUUUAAAUAGGAAUCUCCACCUAUAAUUUCUUUUUGGCAUAGGUCAUUUUUAACAACUACAACUAUAUACAUGCAUUAAAAAUACCCUGUGGUUGAAGUGCUAGUUGUAAAUGCAAUUGCCAUUGAAAUCAGUAUCUGUGCCUUUCUGGUUUUGUCUUUUGUAACAAUGUAAAUGUAAUUUCUAUUGAAAGGAGUCUUUAUCGCUCCCUUUCUGUUAUUUGCACUGCUGGUUCUGAUUCUUGAAACAGUCAGCUCAUUCACAGACAGGCAAUAAAAAGACUAUUUUCAAUUGUAAUUACAUGAAAGAAAAAAAAAACAACCUUUGAAACAAUUACAGAUUUGUAAUGAAUAUAUAGGGGAAGUUGUUUAGAAUUGCAUUUUCUUUCAUUGUGCAAAACAUAGGUGGAGUUCCCCUUUAAGUGUAUUCACUGCACCUAAAAUGUGUAUUUUUGAUAUCAGAUGAUGCCAUUCUUACUUUCCCAUAAGACAAUUAAACAUACAAACUGUA